AUGUCGUCCAUGAUCACCACAACGGCCUGGGUGCGGCGCGGUAUCGCUGCCCAAUUCCCCACAAAAUAUGAGAUUGACGAGGAGGAAAUGGGCCGGAUAUCCAAGCUUGCGCGUAUGCAGCUGGAAGAUGCACAAGAGGAUCUGAGCGCUGCCCAGGAGGGCCAAGCGGAAGAAGACACUGCCAUGGAUGAGGACGACGAUCAAAAGAAUGGUGGUGUGUCAGUCGCAGGCCAGGAUGCCACGGAGAAGGAUAGUGGGAAACAGGCCACGAAAGAUGACGACGAUGUUCUCAAAGAAUUCGACUUGGAGCACUAUGACAGUGACGAGAAAGACGAGGAGGGGGAGAAGGUUACUAUGUUCGGCAAUGUCAAAUCUCUGGCGUAUCACCAGCCCAACGAGGCAGACCCGUACCUGGUCAUCCCCGAGGAAGAAGACGACGAAGAGCGCGAGGAAUUGCAAAUCUUGCCUUCGGACAAUUUGAUUCUGGCUGGAAAGCUCGAGGAUGAGGUAGCUCACCUCGAGGUCUACGUUUACGAGGACCAGGCGGACAACAUGUACGUUCACCACGACAUUAUGCUGCCUGCCAUUCCACUCUGCCUGGAGUGGCUUGAUAUUCCCGUUGGCAAGAACACGGAGGGGCGGGAACAAGGAAAUUUUGUUGCCGUGGGCACAAUGGAGCCCGACAUUGAGAUUUGGGAUUUGGACGUGGUCGACAGCAUGUACCCCAACGCGAUUCUGGGGCAGGGCGGUCAGCCCGAGACCAAGAAGAAGUCGAAGAAGAAGAAGCCCAAGGCGAACGACGAAUACCACAUCGAUUCCGUGCUGGGGCUGGCAGCCAACCGGCAUCACCGCAACCUUUUGGCGUCGGCAUCGGCAGACCGAACCGUGAAGCUCUGGGACCUUAACACCACCAGCUGCGCCAAGUCUUACUCGCAUCACACCGACAAAGUGUGCUCGCUAGACUGGCACCCGAAGGAAUCGACAGCUUUGCUCACUGGUAGUUACGACCGGACCGUCGUGGCGGCCGACAUGCGUGCCCCCGAUGCCCAGGCACGCUGGGGUGUCGACGCCGACGUUGAGACAGUGCGCUGGGACCCGCACGACCCCAACUACUUCUACGUCACCACCGAUGGUGGCAUGGUGUACCGCUAUGAUGUGCGCAAUAUCCCCGCUACCCCAGCUGAGUCCAAGCCGGUGUGGUCACUGCAGGCCCACGACUCCUCCGUCUCCUCCUUCGACAUCAAUAGCUCUAUCCCCGGUUUCCUGGUGACCGGAUCGACAGACAAGCAGGUUAAGCUGUGGAACGUUGAAGACAAUAAGCCGAGCCUGGUUGUUUCACGCAAGUUCGACGUCGGCAAGGUUUUCUCAACUAGCUUUGCUCCUGAUCCGGAGGUGAGCUUCCGCCUGGCUAUCGCCGGCAGCAAGGGUGUUGUACAGAUUUGGGACGCAUCGACUAACGGCGCCGUGCGCCGCGCAUUUGUCUCGCGGAUGCCGGAUCUGGCGGGCGAAGUGCCGGAGCGGACGAUUGGGAUUCCUGCGGAUAACGGAGAUUCGGAUGACGACGAUGAUGCUGAGGAUGGAGCGGGCCCUGACGUCCCUGGCGCCGAUGGGUGGGAGUCGAUGGAUGAAGAUUAA